AUUUAUUCACUUCAAAAGACUAAAGAUUAUAUAGAACCAUUAAGUUCCGUGUUUAAUUACUAUUAAAUUGCAUAAACUUACUAAUAAUUUAUAUAAAACUGUUAUAUUCACUACUAUACAUUAUAUCACAAAUAACAGCAGAAUUCAUGUUUGUGAUGAAGACUGGCUGAAAAAGGGCAAUUCCUAAUGUUUAUUUGCAUGAGCUGUUUCCAUAAAGUUUGCAUGUGUUAGAGAUAAACAUUAAAAUAUAAACAUAAACAUACCACAAAAAUUAUAAACUCACCAAACUGAGGAACACAAAUAUGACAUUUCAAAAAAGGUAACGUGUACAAACGGAAUUGUGUUUAAAAAGUUAGUUAAAGGAAAACAAGUGGGUUGAAACUAGGUGUGAACACUGACAAUAAAGGUGAGAUGAGGACAGCUGAUGCUUUGCAUGCAGUUAAAGAGAAUAUUAAAGCUCAGGAAAACUCAUAAAACCAUGAGAGGAGAAAAGAAGAGGAGAAGUUCACUCAGAAUUCUGAUGCAUGCGAGAUCAUGAAGCACAAACUAUUUACACUCUUCAUUUUGAUCGGUUUUUCCACCUCACCGGUCUUUCAACAGUCUAUAAACAUGUACUACUUUGUGUCAGAGUUAAAAACGUUUGCCGAAGCCCAGUUGUACUGCAGAGCGACGUACACAGAUCUGGCGACUAUUGAAAACACGGACGAUCUGGACAAACUUCAGACCGAUCAGGUCACAUACAGAGGUGCAUGGAUCGGCCUGAUGGAAACCGGUCUUUUUCACUGGCACUGGGCUCUGGCAGACAGACGCUUUUAUAAAGUCGGAGAGAUGAAAUACAGAAACUGGGCACAAUUCGAGCCAGACGAUGGACUGAAUCAAGACUGUGUCAUCAUGACUUACAAAGGACUUUUUCAAAACACCAACUGCCUCAUGCUCUUCAACUUAAUUUGUUAUGAUGCGAACAGUACUGAGCAGCGAUACAUCUACAUCAGCUUCCUCUACACAUGGAGAGAAGCUCAGCGUUACUGUAGACAGUAUCACACCGAUCUGGUCAGCGUGAGGAACCUGGAUGAGAACAAUCAGAUCAUGAAGCUGAUUCCCAUGCUGGGAUUCGCAUACAUCGGCCUGUUCAAAGACGACUUCGUCUGGUCCGAUGGCAGCACGUCGUCCUUCAGAAACUGGGAUUUGCUUCAGCCAGAUUUUCUCGGAGAAUGCGUUGCAUUGACGGACAGAAAAUUUUGGAAAACGGAGCUCUGCGGAAAACUGAAACCAUUUUUCUGCUAUCGGAGUGCAGCUAGUAUGAAGAGACAGAUCCUGCGACUGGAGGUGAAAUCUCCUCUAAAUGUCAAUGAUCCAGAUAUGCAGACGUCCAUCUUAGCGGAGAUCCAGCAGAGACUGCAGAAACUGGGAGUGACAAACGUCACCAAGCUGGAAUGGAGAGCAGCAGCGAACAGAAUGGUUUUUCAGAAGAACGAGAGUAAACUGAGUGUAGAGUAGAAGAGAUGAGCUCCUAAAGUAAUGAUGCACUGAUACUCACAAAACUGGUGUUCAUCACACCUGCACGAUACCUCCAUUAGACUAACCCUAACCCUCACAGACAGAAAACCAACAAAUAACCAGAAAAACUAAACGCUCCUCCUCAACGCAUGUACUUAGUAUUAAACCACUACUACACCAUCUGAAACGAUACUUACCAAUACUAAAAUUGAUUUCAUGAGUCUAUAAUGUGUUUUGAUUCCUGAUGUUUUAGUGACCUGUUAAGAACUAAAAUAAACAAACAUGCCGUGAUCAAAUUUUUAAUCACUGAGUACCAGAGAGUAAAUAUCAAAUAUGGUAUUGGUCCAUCCAUAUUUUGUUGUAUUUAUAUGUGAAU